AUUAUACAGUCACUUUGCACAACAUUUUCACUUUUAACAGUCCAAUCCACCAAUUGUUAACGAAGGAUCUUCCAGAUAUAUGCAAGGCUAGAGUUGCCUUCAAGAUCCAUUCACAUUAGGUAAGACUUCUACUUUUUUUUUACUCGGAUCCACCGGCUAUCUUUUUAUCUUCUCAUCACAAUCUUGAAAUCCUCUAUGAACACAGAAAGUGUGCGUCCGUUGCAGAAGAUUCCUCCGGCGAGUGCACUUGGCUUCUGUCGUGUCAGCAUCGUCAGAGGUCCACGUCAGCAAGAGCCUCGGACUUCCUUUCACACUUAAAACAACCCAAGCCGGUCGCCCGGCGCGACCUCUCGCGCGCGCGGUCUCCUUCUUUCCCAUUCCCCAAAACUUUACUCCUCUAUAAUGCCUGCGAGGCCUCUUCCCCUUCUCUUCCUCUUCUCGUCCUCCCAUGUGCAAGUCUCGACGCGCCGUCAUGGCAUCCCGCCCCACCUCCCGUUCCUGCUCCGGCAACACCGCCUCCAACUCCUCCUCCUCCUCCUCCUCCUCCGUCGCCUCUAACGCCUCCUCCUCCGCCUCCCUCGUCGCCCUCCGCAACUCCCUCCUCGCCCUCCGCAACUCCCGCCAGGAGACCCCCACCCUCUACCCCUUCUCCGAGAUUUCCGCCGUCACCAACAAGUUCGUCGCCUCCUCCUCCCGGCGCUGCUCCCUCCGUGGCAAGGACGUCGUCGUCUUCCGGCGCCCCUUCCGUGGCGACCCCGCCGCCCUCCCUGCCCGCCUCGUUGCCGUCUGCAGGAGCCACCACAGCAGCCUCGUCCGCCUCCUCGGUGCCUCCCUCGCCGGCGGCACCAUCUACCUCGUCUACGAGCACUCCCCCGGCGCGCCCCUCGCCGACUGCCUCCGCAACCCCCGAAACCCCAAGUUCACCCCGCUCUCUUCCUGGACGUCCCGCAUCCAAGUCGCCGCCGACCUCGCCCAGGGCCUCGACUACAUCCACCACCACUCCGCUACCAUCCACAACUGCAUCAAGGCCUCCAACAUCCUCGUCAUCGAGCCCCACUUCCGCGCCAAGAUCUGCCACUUCGGCGCCGCCGAUCUCGCCGGCGAUAUCCUCGCCAAGACCAACGCCGACGCCGACAAGGAGGCGGCGGCGGCGGACGCGGAGAUCUCUCCCUUGUCCUCUCCAUCCCGCAAGCUAAAAAGAUCGGACAGCCGCCGGAUGAAGAUCGAGGGGACGAGGGGGUACAUGGCGCCGGAGCUGCUCGCCGGCGGGAACAUCUCUUGGCGGUCGGACGUGUACGCCCUCGGCGUGGUGCUCCUGGAGCUCCUAUCCGGCGAGGAGCCGAUCAAGCACCGGUUCGACGAGAGGCACAAUAACUUCCACAGGGUCUCCCUCAUCGAGACGGCGAGGGAGGCGAUCGGGCCGGCAGAGUACUCCGCCGAGAAGGAGCGCCGGGGGCGGGUGCGGCAUUGGGUGGACCGGAGGCUGCGGGACUCCUACCCGGUGGAGGCGGCGGAGCAUCUGAUCCGGGUAGCUCUCCGGUGCGUGGAGGCGGAGGCGGCGGCGCGCCCGGACAUGACGUGGGUCGCCGGUAAAAUAUCUAAAAUUUUCUUGGACUCCAAGUCGUGGGAGGAGAAGCUUAGCGUUCCGACGGAGUUCUCGGUGUCCUUUGCUCCGCGGUGAGAAUAAGUGUCCGGUGACCGUGGAGGCGGGGAUGUUGACGGGAGUCACUGUACUGAAUGAGUUCCCCCGGUUUCUUUUUUCUUGUUUAUUUUUUCUGUUGGCGUUUCCGUAACCGUAUUCAAAGGAGUUGAUUAUACCCUGGAAGACAGAAUGGAGACUGAGAUCGCGUGUUCUGGUGAAAUAUCACACUGAUAAAAGAAUUAGGUUAUACUCGAGCAGGGCGUGGUUGUGGAUCUUUGGGGCCAUUGCGUCAAUUUUUUUUUUGAUGUAUCCAAAAAAAAAAAGGAGAACGGGGUAUUGACUGAGUGGAGCUUCUAUCAGGCUUCGUAGUUGGUCAUGUUCAUGUUUCAGGUGCUCUGAAACGGAAUUUCCUUUGAUCAUCAUUCUGUACCUUAUUUUAUGUGUCUAAGAGCCAUUGGUGGUAGCGUCGAUGCAAAAUUUUGCUGGGCCAUAUUUUGAUGAUCUGAAGGCAUGAAGGAUGGUGAUGUAUCAGACUCUGAUUAGAGUAUAACAGAUGCUGUAUA